AUGACCACACUCCAAUUCACACCCCUCAACUCCCAGCCCACACCCGCCUUUUGGACCGCUCUUACCACCCAUAAAUUGGACAAAGCUCGCUUGAAUGACGAUGACCAACAAAUCACAGGGUGGUUGGAAGAGGGUAAACAGGUGGAGGACCAUUCGAAUACCUCAUCAACUGGCGGUCCCACAUAUGUGGGUAUCGAUGGGAAUAUAAGUGUCGGAGGUAAUGCUUUUGGGGAGAGCUCGGAAAGUAUUCCCGCUGCGUCGAUUCCGGUCACAGGUAUCCUCAAGAAUUUUAACACCAUUGAGGAGUUUCGGAAGACAGAAACUAAAAAGGAGAUCUUCAAUCAAGUGGUGGCUAAGAUCGUCGGGUCGUUCAAGUCGGACCAGCCCCUCAUCAACCCCUUUCUUCUGGUCACAUUUGCCGAUCUCAAGAAAUAUAUUUUUCAUUACUGGUUUGCUUUCCCAGCCUUUGUCAGCUCACCAGCAUGGCGUAUGAACCAGGAAGUUUUGACUCCGGUCCAGGAGACUGAUUUGAGAGAACUCCGACAACUCGAAGCCCAACUGUCUUCGACAGAGAAUCGCAAAUUUGAAGCGUUUCUGGUAAAGGGGAUACCCGGAUCCCGUUCGAUUGCACCGUUACCCAGAUACCAGACCUUUUAUUCGGACGUUGUAACCUCCCAGAUUACAGUAGCUUUCCACGAUCCAUCCUCGUCCGAUACAAAUCCCGGGUGGCCUUUACGAAACAUUCUGCACUAUCUCAAUCAAGUUUACGGGACUACAAAGGUCAUGGUAUUUUGUCUGCGGCAGGGCCGAGCGAGCAGACAGGCUGUUGUCACGCUACCUCGAGAGCAGCAAGGAUCCCCUGAUAAUCAAGUAUCUUCAGUAGGGUGGGAGAGGACAAAAGAGGGAAAGCUAGCAAGUCGAAUAGCAGAUCUGGGACCCAUGAUGAAUCCAGUGCAACUUGCCGAACAAGCUGUUGAUCUUAACUUAAAGUUGAUGAAGUGGAGGAUUGCUCCUGGCUUAGAUCUUGAGGCAAUUGCCCGUACGAAAUGCUUGCUGUUAGGUGCAGGAACGUUGGGCUGUUAUGUCGCGCGAAAUCUGAUGGCAUGGGGAGUACGAAAUAUCACGUUUGUCGAUUCCGCUAGAGUGUCCUUCUCUAAUCCUGUCCGACAACCUCUUUUUCGCUUUGAGGACUGUCUGAAUGGCGGUCGAUCGAAAGCAGUCUGCGCUGCUGAGAGGCUCACCGAGAUUUUCCCUGGUAUAAUCGCGACCGGCCAUUCAAUCACCAUUCCCAUGCCUGGGCACCCCAUUCCUCCCUCUGCCUCAGCAGCUGCAUGCGAAGAUAUACGAAAGUUGGAAGAACUCAUCAGUCAGCAUGAUGUGAUCUUCCUGUUGAUGGACUCGAGAGAAUCGCGGUGGCUUCCAACCCUCAUCAGCAUGAAUCAGAGCAAGAUAGUGAUCAACGCAGCCUUGGGCUUUGAUACCUAUCUUGUAAUGAGGCACGGUGUUGUCAACGGCGAUGGCGAUGCAGAACAAUUAGGCUGCUAUUACUGUAAUGAUGUGGUGGCUCCGACUGAUUCUUUGACUGAUAGAACUCUGGAUCAGAUGUGUACGGUCACAAGACCAGGUGCAGCGCCUCUGGCUGCGGCCACCGCAACGGAGCUAUUAAUAUCAUUGUUGCAACAUCCUCUAAAAGCGCAAGCGCCAGCUUACGAACCUGCCGUACCUGCCGGUGAGGACGAGGCUGCCCUUGGUCCUGUCCCUCAUCAAAUUCGCGGCAUACUGAGCCAAUGGAAAACGAUGAUCAUCCGCGGUCCUGCUUAUAAUCAGUGCACAGCUUGUAGUCCUCUUGUUCUCGACGCAUAUCGACAAGGUGGAGCAAAAUGGCUCUUAGAAGUUUUCGCACGAGCUGAGCUUUUGGAGCAAGUCACAGGACUAGAUCAGUUACACAUUCAAAGCGAGGAAGCUUUCGAUAGUAUUGAUUGGUCAGACGAUAGCGGUAGCGAAGUUUGA